AUUUGAUGCCAGCAAGAGAUUGUCACCGCUCGGCCCCCGCCAUCGUGGUAGGGUGUCUCAUCUCCGUCGUCGUCCUUCGGAAUUUUUCCAGGCAAUGCCUUCAGCCCUCGAGCCUUUUUUCAGUCUUAAAUGUUGAUGGCGAAAAGGGUUGUCCGAAAGAGUGCAAAUAUGCAGAAGCCGACGACCCACACACUUCGCCUGAUCAAAGCAGCAUUCCUGGCGAGGAGAAUGCGGGGGGUUCACUUAAUGGGGCACCAAUCGACCUCACAGUACUGGACGCUUUUGUGGGGCGGCUGAACGACGAUGACCUGUUGAGGAACCAUUGUGAGCCCUACUGGGAAGAAAUGGUCCUGCAAAAAGACCCGACACUGCAAGCCCUCAACAACAUGUCUGGAUCUCACGUUUCUCUAUCGAUGCUGGCCGACCGGGCGCUGCGACUUCCAAUCCACAAAGAUACAUUAGUGCGUUUGAGUGUCGAUGAUGGACGUCUCUUCUGCCACCCGCCAUCCCGUGAUGUAGUAUCGGAGGAGCUGAAAGUUGCUUCCAUCAAAACGACCAUGGUGAGGGUUUAUUUGAACCGCCUGAGUGAGGCAGUCGGCUAUGUGAGAGAUGAGCUUAAGCUGAAGCUGAAUGGGAUCCACUUCACCGCCCAUAUGAGCGAUUGCCCCGUAAGCUACAGGAUCCACUUAGUGGCUCAAUUCACCUGGUCCUCUUCAUCAGGUCCUGUGGAAGAAUGUUGACAAUGUGAACGUGAAGGAAGAGCGGUGUGCCUAUGGGACUGCGCACUUCUUCAACGAAUCGGCGCCUCCCGCUCUCCUCUUUUCAGAUGCGGCUUCCCCUCAGUGGAACUGGGACGGUAAGCGAUCGUCUGAGGCACAGACAGGCCUUUUAUCUGCCUUGUCUGAUCCAGUUCCUGUAGUACCAUACAACAGUCACAACGACAAGGAAGAAAAUAGAGUCCGGAAGCAUCUGAGCAAGAUGUUCUACGACGAGAAUGGACAGUUCUCAGCAAAUCGAUUCGAGAGACAGUGGAGAAAGAAACGCAGUGGCUUCUUCUUUGUCGGGCGCAAAAGUGAUGCUGCGAGGCUCAUUGUGGCAUGUGAGGUCAACGCCAUCGACGCAGAGCUGUCCGAGAGCUUCUACCUUACGGAUGCUGGCAAUCCUAUUCGACAAAGGAACAACUGUACCAGCGACGCCAUGAAAUUACAGAAGUAAGCGUCCCCGGGGGGAGGGUAACCAGUGCUUUCUUGUCUGCACGUUCCACCUUCCCUCCACAGAUCCCGCGGCUGUUCUGCAUCGCAUAUUUGUCGUCAAGAAUCUACCGGCCCAGAGGAGUGGCAGGAUCUGUUGUUUCGCCACAAGUAUGUACUGGACUUCCCGGGUAAGCUAGUGCAGUCCAUAUUACAACGAUCACCGCUUUGGCUGUCACAUCAGGAUUAGGUCCUUGGAGCAUCAGGUUGCGGCAUCUGCUGCUAAAUGGGGGACUUGUAUUUCAGCAGCGUCGCGCUUUCGAGAACACGCAGUUUUUUGACGGUCCCCUUAAGCGAUAUGGUGUUCUUAUUCCCUUCUCUGAGGGGAAUGAGCUAGUGGAAAAAGUUCGGUGGUUUCAGGAGCACGAUGAGGUGGCGAAGAAGGCCGCAUGGGCAGCGCACACUUUUGCAUGGAACUGCCUCUCACCCGAAGGGAUCCGGCAGUUUCUAAUCCACCUUCUCUUGAGACUUGGACAUAUAGGCGAAUCGUGGGAGAAUGCGGCGAAGGCGGAGAGACAGCUUUCGGGGACAAGUGAAAGCGACGAGAAAACUGCCGAAGAGCAGCAUGCAAGCACGGCCGGGUUACAUGUGGACCUCACCGACAAGGACGGUGUCAAAAGGGUUGUCGAUUUGUGCUCCAAGGGUCAUGUUGACUAAAAUGGGAUUUCAUCCGCGUUCGCGUGUUUGCAUAGUUUUGCUGAUCUACGAUACGUAGAUGUCUCGGGAUCUCGACUGGACCCUCGCGACUCGUAAAAUCCCGCCUAUAAUGUUUGUACUGUGCCGAGUGUCUUCUACGGGUUGAUAUA